AUGGCGAGCUUUAAGCUUCCUCAGCUUCAGCCGGACAACGACCUCUGGGGUCCCGCUUCCGGCUCCAACGCUCUCCCCUCCGAGCUCAAGGACAUCCCCUUCGCUCCCUACGCCAAGAACGACAAGGUCGGCCGCAUUGCCGACUGGAACAACGCUUCCGGCGCUUCUAACGAUGCCGCCAACGCCCGUGGCGGUCGACAGGGCCGUGCGCGCGAUGUGCAGCAGAACUUCGGUACCUCUGCUGCUUCUUCCGCCUUCGCCUACUUCCACGGUGAUGACGAGGCCUCUUUCUCGGUGGUCGACAACACCCGCACUGCCGCCUCUCGACGUGGCGGACUUGGUCAGAUGAGCCAGCGUGGCGGUCGCGGUGGUCGUGGCGGUGCCGGUGCUGCCGGCGGUCGUGGCGCAUCCAAGUUCGGUGCUGGUGCAGGACGCGGUGCUCGUGGUGGUCGGGGUGGAGCCCGUGGUGGUCGUGGCGGCGGACGUUUCGGCUGGAAGGAGUGGGACAAGCCCCAGCGCAUCCGCGAGGCCUCCGUCACCGUGGGUCAGGAUUGGGAGCAGGUGGAAGAGAUCGACUUUGUCCGUCUCGGCAAGCUCCGUCUCGAAGUCGAGGAACCCCAAGACAUUUCGUCGUACGGUGCGCUCUUCGAAUACGACCGCUCCUACGAUCGUGUCACCGUCAAGACCGCCCAGGCUCUGUCCUCGAUCGAUCGCAUCCGUUACAAUCCCACCACCUCGGACGACCCCAUCAUCCAGGAGAUCUCGUCCAAGCAGGACGCCAAGAUCUACAUGACCGAUUCCAUCCUCGCGCUGCUCAUGUGCGCUACGCGCUCGGUGUACUCGUGGGACAUCAUCAUCACCAAGACGGCCGACGGCAAGGUGUUCUUCGACAAGCGCGAUGGUGGACCGUUCGACUACCUGACGGUGAACGAGAAUGCGGCUGACCCGCCUCUCGAGGCGCCCGAAGGCAAGGAGAACGAGGCGGCCGCUAAGGCCAAUGCGCUCAACACACCCUCGGCGCUCAGCCUCGAGGCUACCUACGUCAACCAGAACUUUGGCUUCCAGAUCGUCAACGAGAAGAACGUGUACAAGCUCGAGCACGAGAACCCGUUCUACUCUGCCGACGAGACGGAUCCGCUGGCCUCGUGCGCUUACCGAUACCGCAAGUUCAACCUUUCUUCGGAGGAGAGCGACCCUGUGGAGCUGGUGGUGCGUGCCGAGGUGGACGCGUACACCAUUGGCUCCUCGAAGGAGAAGCAGCUCAUCACGAUCAAGUCGCUGAACGAGUUCGAUGCGCGUGCGCAGGGAGCGGGUGGUGCUCAGGAUUGGCGCUCCAAGCUCGACUCGCAGCGUGGUGCCGUCGUGGCGACCGAGAUGAAGAACAACUCGUUCAAGCUCGCCCGCUUCGCGGUCCAAUCCCUCCUCGCCGGCGCAGACAGCAUGAAGCUCGGCUACAUCUCGCGUGCCAACCCCAAAGACGCUUCGCGUCACACGAUUCUGGGCACCUCGUGGCUCAAACCCCGCGAGUUGGCCGGUCAGAUGGCCGUCAACCUCAGCAACGGUUGGGGUAUCGUCAGGACCAUCGCGGAUCUCGCGAGGAAGGCCGACGAGGGCAAGUACGUGCUCCUCAAGGAUCCUAACAAGCAGACCAUCAGGAUGUACCGCGUCCCCGCCAACUUCGGCGAGGAAGGCGAGGACGGCGCCGAGGAGGAUGAGGCCAUGGACCAGGAUGCUUAG